AUGACGCUCGGAGGAGUCGUCGGACUGUCAGCGGUUGCUGGAUCGAACGGCGGUCUGAAGGCCAGGUGGUUCCUACCGAGCAUAUGCCUCUGGGUUCUACUAACAGCCAUAUUUCUCUGUUCGUCAGAUGGUGGAACGUGGACAACACACGCAGCCCCAGCAGCACGGCAAACGAGUAGCGCCUCGAGCUUCGAGGUUUUCCAGAAGACAGGCGAAGUUCCGGCCGAGGCAGCCGAAGCCGCUCAAGAUGCUGCGAAGGACAAUGGACCCGACGGUGUGGAGGAAACAAAAAUCACAGACAGAGAAGAUGGUCCCGACGGCGACACUCCCCCUCCGUUACCCGGCGAAGAAGCGGCGUCGGUCAGGGGCGAAUUUUCGGAGGCUGGCAGCGUGCAUGAGAACACAGAAGCGGUAACCCUGAAGGAGAUAUCCGAGCAGCGAAAAUCCACGAAAGCCGGGGGGAAUAAGAGAACUUUCGAAGGGGAAAACGAGGUUGAAGGCCAGGACGAGAGCAACGAAGACGACGGAAGCGAGGAACAGGAUGAGUGGGAAGACGCGUUAUCAACCGCAGCUGCGGAAUGGUUUGGAGGCAUCGGCAAGUACGCGACGCACACAAUGUUAAACAUGUUGGAAGACCGUUUUCGAGAGUGGCUGUCAAAACAAGAGACGGAAACAUCGACGCAGGCCUGUCAGGAGACGAAGCUCGAAGGCCUUAUUCCGAGCGUUGCAAACGGAGACUCGCCUUUAAAAUCUUUCGGAUAUCCACAGUUUGAUGAGGAGAGCGGAGUGACCGUCUUAAGGCCCAGAAUCCCUCUGUCGACCGUGAACGGGUUCCGUGCACCAGUUCAUGUUGGCGCGGAAGAUUAUUACAUUCAGGGGACAUACGACCAAGUUGUUGCCUUUUUCGAGUGCUUCGACGAAUACGAAGUUAUCGCGUCAAAGUUGAUGCCGAACGGCCACUGGACGAAAGAGGAAGGCCACGGGCCACUGUACGUCCAAGUCCAAAACACAAUUGAAGGCGUUCGGUCUCCGAUAGGUUCCCCCGCUCAAAUUCUGUUCCGUUAUGGCGUGGCCAGCCUGAGAAAGGCCAUUCGUGUGGCGGCGGCGCUCAAUGGACACUUGCCCGGGUCAUAUGAAGACCUUUUGCAGAUGGUGGACAACGUGUCGGCGCUAGCAGAGUUUCUCCCCGGAGCUUCGACGGACGAUGUCAUCGAUCUCUGGAGUGAACUCGCCGCAACCGCUGACAGAAGCCAGCAGAUCGCCAUCGUCGUCGAAGCCAUUGAAAAAGCCAUUCAGCGCAAGAGACUGGAUGAAUCGGCGGGCUGGCAAGACGUGGAUGCCGUCGAUCUCUCGGCGCCGCUCACCGUGAUGCUAACAAGCUACCCGCGCCCCUCUCACGGAGUCCGAGCCACAAUAGCGCUCCCCUCGAACAAAGCGCUUUUGCGCGACAUAAAAGAGCAGUUUUCCAUUCUGUUCGAAACAAGCGUGGUUGGACGCACCUUACUGGAGGCAGCAAACGGGAGUUCUCGAUUUUCCACCGGUCUGCAACCAAAGGACCAAAAACGGUACUAA